UUCGGCAGCUCCGCCUCGUCCCGCCCGCCUGAGGGUCCCAGCACCUCCAGCCGCUGCUCCGGCUGUACCCGCGAAGUGCCCGCGCCGAGCGAGGAUGGCCGCGGUUUCCUCGGGGACGGCAUAGCGGCUACCUCCGCCGGGCCCGGUGCUUCCUGCGCUGCCCUCAUCCCCGCUCAGACCUGCCAUGGCGCGGCCUGAGGCCGGUUAUGAGGCGGCGGUGCGCCCCCGCCCCGCCUGCACCUACACCAGCUGCUACUGUGAAGAAAAUGUAUGGAAGCUUUGUGAGUACAUCAGGAGUCAGGAUCGGCACCCUUUAGAAGAAUUUUAUGCUGUUUUCAUAUCCAAUGAUAGGAGGAUGAUUCCACUCUGGAAGCAGAAAUCUGGACAUGGAGAUGAGCCUGUUGUCUGGGACUACCAUGUUAUUCUACUUCAUGUUACCAGUGGGGAGCAGAACUUCAUUUAUGAUCUUGACACAGUGUUGCCAUUUCCAUGUCCUUUUGAUGUGUACAGUGUGGAGGCCUUUAGGUUGGAUGACAGCCUUCGCCCAGAGUUUCACAGAAAAAUCAGAAUGAUUCGAGCAGAUUUGUACUUGAAGACAUUUGCUUCAGACAGAUCUCAUAUGAAGGAUGCAGAUGGGAAAUGGCAGAAACCUCCUCCUCCAUACCCUUGCAUUGAAACUGCAGAACCAUUACUGAGACACUGUCCCUGACCCAGGUGGCAGCUGUCCCCCACACCUGGCAUGAGCCACACUGCUGGAGGGGAGGAUCUGCAGAGCAUCACUUCACAUGUCACCCAGCAGAGCACAGGGCUCCAAGUUUGGUGGGGUUGCCCUCCUAUGACACUUUGGAUUCCCAGGCUUGAAGAAUCUCAUCUCCUCUCAAAGCGAAACCUGUCUGGAUGUCUGUCUCUCUUCAGGUAAUUACCUUCUCAGAAAUUUGAAGGAGACAAUGCUGGUGAUUUUCUUCUGCCUUCUGGCUUUCUCCUUAUGCAGGACUUGGCCUAAUUGAGGCCAAGGUUAAUGAAGCACACCCGAGGAGGGAGUGUCUGGAGACAUCUUCCCAGGUUUGUGCGCACCUCUCUGUGGAACUCACCUAUUUUCGUUUAUGAUCAUGGAGUCAGAAGUGAAGCACUCUAUACAGAUGCAGCCUUUCAGCAAGUUAAAUACAGCUGCAGUAGUGGUUCUGGAAAAUCUCUUCAGUUUGACCUAAGAUAAACAAAUAUGGUUGUUUAAGUAUCCUCAAUGUUUCCUUAUACUUACAGUAGGAAAUACCUUGGAUACUGAGGGCAAUUAAAACAAAUCUUAGUUAUCUAAGGCCUCUGGCAAGUCCCUGAGUUUCUGAGUGAGCUAAGCCACUUCCUAGGCAUGAGGUGUACCAAGGUUCGUUUUAUAGUCAUAAAAAUAAGCAUUAAGGACCUGAGCUGUGAACUGCCACUCACAAAGUCCAACUGAAGUGACAUUAUUCACCUGAUACUCAUGACGAAUGUCUGCUUCCUGCACUGGAAGAUGAGCAGGAUGUUUCCAGUGAGCUGGAUUCCUGACAUUAUAUUACUUAAAAGCAGGAAAUGCUCAUUUUGCUUGGUUCAGCAUCAUGCCAGCCUUCCCAUGCAAGGCUAUAUCUGGAACCCAAACACUGCAAUAAGGCAGGAAUCAUUAUAUGUUAUUUUUUUUUCAAACAGCCUACACAGUAAGAAGAUGGUAGUUAUCUCAGCCUUCCCUUCUUUUUAGUAUGCAAUUGUGGUGGCGUGCUUCCCCCUGUCUCAGCUUGGCUGCUGAAAUGGCAGCGCACCAGCUCCAUGCUUGGAGCCAUCCCGAGAAAAUGUUCUGCUGUAGUUUUUAACCAUUUAGCUGUAAAGCUCCUGCCACUUCCACCGUUCUAACUGCUGGGCUGAAGCAAGGCUUGCCAGUCCUUGUUUAUAGCAAGCAUAAUCAGUUCCACUAUUUAUACUGUACUCAUCACAGAGCACUUUGCUGUAUGAAAUGGUCACAGUUACAUUUAUAUCAGUACAAAAACAAAAUCAUUACAAAUUGAGGAGGCAACAUUCAGAGUAAUUUUUCCUUGCUACCUGACGCUGUUUCUUCAGCUAUUCAAACUUUUUUCAGGCAGAGUCACUCUCUUAGGAAGAAAAUACAGUCCACUCUACCUCAGGAAUCCCACCAGUAUUUAUCUGCACUUGUGUUUUUGUCUUGCAUGAAGGAAAUGCAACUAGUUGCUACCAGUUGCUACUUCGGUACAAAUAUGCAGGGCCACCAGCAAAGUCCAUGGAGUUGUCUUAGUACAACUAAAAGCAGAGUUCAAUCAUCUUUGCCAGUGGUACUAAAAGUACCUUUUAAUAUGCUAAGGUAUGUGUCUGGCCAGGAGUUGUUUUCAAAUGCAUUGUCCAUGAAGUUCCCAUAAAGUAAACAGAGCUCGAUACGCUCAGUCCUGAGGUGCAAAAUAACCAGUGCUGUGGGGUCCAGCUGUUCUCCUUGCUGGUGUCAUCAGCAGGGUGCUCCCCCUGCCUUGUUCACAGCAGUGGACUGGGAAGGAGGGACUCGGGGAAGAUUUGCAGGCCCUGUCUGCCAUAUUUAUCAGAGAUCCUUUACAGGGUAGAUAGUUUACUUAAUCAUCAUUCUCAUUUAACUUAUUUGAUAAUUAUUAAAUAAAGCACUCCAGGUUCGGUACUUUUGAGAUCUGAAAGACCAAGUGAGGGACACUGUUGCCAGCAAAGAAGACACACACACAUUUCCAGCAUCGCCUGCUUGCCAGCCUUUCCGUGCUGUCAUGGUGCAUGGAGGUCAGAUCCAUGCACAGAGGCAAAGCCCCAGUCCCCUCUGAGCUGGUGCCAAGGGCUGUGUGAGCAGGGGCACCUUUUCCAAGGCACAGAGCCUGAUGAAACCUUUCUGCCAAUGUUCUCUGUAGCCCUACUGCUUUGAACUGCUGUGGGCAUCCAGGGCUGUGGAACGGCUCAGCCUGGCCCUUGCCAGGGACUGUGGGGUCUCCUCUGCUCACUGCCUGCAGGGGCAAUGCAGACAGUGGAGAUUGCAGGACAUUACCACCCCACUCAAGAUAAAAUGGUUUGGUUUGGAAGGGACCUUAAAGAUCAUCUAAUUCCAACCCCCCUGCUGUGGGAGAGACACCCUCCACUAGACCAGGUUGCUCAGACCCCCAUCCAACCUGGGAAGGAUGCUUGCUGGGCUUACAGACAUCCUCUGAAAUGGGCAUUAUUUGUGGUCAUUCAAAAAGCAAAUGCCCUGGCUUAGCAUGUGGAGUCCGAAAAAUCACACACAGAGAUUGUCCAGUGCUGAGAACAUCUGAAGCCUGACACAUGGCAGAAGUACACAUGUGGGGUCCAAAAGAGGUGUCACCAUCUCCACUGACACUUGGUCUCCUCUGAGUUGGCAUUGUUGUGUGUCACAGUAAAGUCCUCAUGACCUGCAUAGUGCAAAACACUGUUCCCAAAUGCUGUUAGAACUGCUCCCUGCUGCUGCUUAAUGCCACUGGGAGAGCGAUCCAUGGAGCUCCAGUGCUGCAGCCAUUGGCAUGGCUGGCUUAGCAAAUGGAAGCUUUGUUUUGAGCUUUCUGUAAUAAAAUACCAUGCUGCUGGGACACACAGGCUAGCUAGGGUUUCACUGCCCGCUUAAGAAAAUGAGGGCAAAGAGUGAUUAAAUAUUAAGUGGGAUGCAAGAUCUCAGCACAUGCAGUUCAUGUGGUAACCUGAGGAUGGGCUGGAGGUAAAUGUGGCUUCCUAGAUACCUGAGAGGGUACUACAGCAACCCAUCCUGGCCAGCAAGAGGAGCUUUGGGGUUCCUCCAACAGUCUCCAGAGACCUCAGAGGUGACAGGUAUGGCCAUGGAGAGACAGCAAGAUGAGGAUCCUUGGAAUACCUGUAUCCUUUUCUAUUUAGCUUUCUACCUCUUCUGUAAAUCAAGCACCAUUUCUGGCAGCAGUAGACUGUUUAGCAGGCUACACUGACAUCAAACAGAAGAUACUAAUGAAAAUAACAGA